AUGAGGCUCUCUCUUCUAGCAUGCGUGCCUUUGCUAGCUUCGGCUUUAGCGAGCCCAGCCGCCAUCAAGCCUAAUUCUGAAGGCAAAAAGGCCGAGGCCGAAAGGAGUGAAAAUCAAGAUACCAGUGGAGAGGCGCCUGAAACCAAUGCUGAGGUGACGAUGCCCGAGUUGCUUACUAUGGAAACGUUUGAUGAAUUCACUUCGAAACAUUUAUCCUUCAUUGAAUUUUUUUCUCCUUACUGCCACCACUGUCAAGCGUUAGCACCAAAAUGGGAACAGACCUUCAAGGAAACAGUCGAAAGUCAGCAGUCAUCAGGCAUUCAUAUGAGACAAGUGAACUGCGUCGAAAGCGGUGAUCUCUGUGAACGUGAAAUCGUGUCUUACUAUCCCAACUUGAGAGUCUACGUGCCAGAACUUAAUGCCGAGGGAGAACAUACCGGUAAGGCGAAGAUUGUGGACUCAUUUCCUCGUGCACUCAAACAAAACCCCGAAAAUUUCAAAAAGUUCAUGAAGAAGACGGCGGCUGAAUUUGGCGAUGGUUCCGGCUCGAUGCCCUCAUCGUCUCAGCUUCUCGACACUGACACCACAUUAAACAUCGUGGCCGGAGAAAUGGAAGAGCCAUGGUUUAUCGGCAUGUUCUCCUCUACUGACAAGGAAUGGGAGUCUGGAAAGUUUUCCAGAACAUGCAUGGACUGCUUGCGAAUUAAGAGUGACUGGGACAGAUUGUCUAACUUGAUCGUCAGCUCCACCAAAGCAGGCCAUCUCAAUUGUAAGUCAAACCCUGCUUUGUGUGAAAAACUCGGCUUCCCAGAAUUGAGCUCCGACUUACGUCAAUCACCAAAAUAUGCCAUGUUUUUGCCAAAACAUACUGGUAUAAUCAGGUUCGAUUACAACCGGGGAAUGGACAUUGAAUCAAUGAAGAAAUGGAUUCAGAAAUUAGCGCUCAAUUCUCAAUACGAAAUCGCCACCGCCGGUCACUUCGAGGACUUGGAUCUUUUUGUCACCGAAAAGCCAGAAAAGCCUUUGAGUGUUGAGCUCCCCUUGGACCCCAGAGUUGCUCUCAUCUUUGCGUUCGACAAGAAGAAAAUAACCAAAGAGGACAAAGACAUUCUUCCGCACCUUCUUGAAAUGGUGACAUCCCUGCCAUUCAACAUACGCUUAUACGGAUCCGGAUCAGUGAAGUUCGAGGAAACAUUGGAAUAUCAGUCCAAAGGGUUGGUUGACUUCAUUCGCACAGACGAAGACCUCAAAGAUGUGAAGUAUAAUCGCCCUCUACAUAUUGCAACCACAUUGACGAACAAACCAACUCUUUAUAUGUUCAAGGAAAACUCCAUGGUCCCAACAGUCUUCCAAAACUAUUCUCCGGAGGACAUGAGGAAUCCUGAAAGACUCGAAGCGUGGGUUCUGAAAAACAUGUUUCCUUUAUUCCAAGAAUUGACCCCAGAAUACAUUCAAUGGUACUUCAACGUGAAGGAUAAGAUGGAUGACAAAAUUGUCGUCACUUUUGUCGACAGCGACAAAGAGGACCAGUUUAAGGAGAUAUUAUACAACAUAUCAUUGGUGGCUCAUGAGUACUUGUUUUUGAAGAAAGAGUACUACUUCCAACUGUUGACUGAGGAGAGAAGCGCAAAGUGGGAUAGGAUCAAUGCUCUCAAGGAGAAGGGAGCUGAGCCGCUCGAGGUGAUUAAUGCUAUGAAAGCAGAAGUUCCACAUCUUUUUGACCAUGACGAUGCCCUUUUCGUGUACAUUGACUUGAAAGCGCACCCUGGUUUGGCGAAAUAUGUUGGUUGGGAUAUUGACGGGGAAGGCUACAAGCCUGGCGACUCGAUUGUCGUCUCCAAAAAUACCAAAUUUUACUGGGAUCGUUCCUUGCAAGGAGAAAAGCUCACGGUGGAGCCAGCAAAAUUGCGUCCAGUUUUAUUGCAUCUCCUAGACACUAAGUUAACAAAAGACAUAAAGAUUUCGGGUUUCACGCGCAAGCUAGCGGCAAGCCCAUUUACCAGCUGGUUCAGAACGCUCGACUCAAUCUACCAGCACGGUCCCCUCGGUGUAAUUUUCUUACUCAUUGGCUUCUACGUCAUGUACAAGAUUGCCAUGAGGUUUAUCAGAAGAAGCAAAAUCGGGCUGAAGGGAAAAGGGAUCAUUGGCAAUGUUACAGAAAAACACGACUAA